GUAGGAGUUUUGUGUUUUUCUUUUUGUUAUUUUCUGAGUGCCUGGUUGGUCUCAUGAGUAAAUGUUCAUGAUUGAUCCAUUACUGGCAUGGAAUCCUUGUGGUUAAAAACAUACAUUAGCAUGAGUGAUGUACUGAAGUGAGUGCCGUGUAAUUCUUCUCUGAUAAUGUGUUAUUCAAUGGAUUGAUUUAGCCAAAUUGGUUUGGUCAUGCAGUGAUGAAAUCUUUUUGAAUCUGAGGAAUAUAGAUGAUUUUCUUCUUUGUUCGGCACUCUUUGAGCUGCAAUCCCUAGCUAUAGUAACAAUCUGUUUGUGGAUGUGAUAUUGAAAUGGGAUUGCCUGUGUUUUUUGCUUGAUUGAUUAUAUUCUAAAUCUUCUUCUGACUUUUUCAGGUUCAGUUUCAUUUUUGUUUGGGGAAAAAAAAUAUAAUCGUAAAUCAGAUCAAAAUAUAUCCAUAUUUAUUAUAGCUCCGGGACAUGAACCGCAGAGACUUCAAACUGUGGUGCCCCACAUCAUCCAUUCUGAUUGUAUGGGGUAUCUGUGUCGCAAUAGGAACUUGCCACGUGGCAACCCACGAAUGACAAAACCAUUGACACCAUCUUCAUAAUCAUACUUCAUUCAACCAAUGGGAGAAAAACCUUAUCCUAUCCCUUAUCCUAUUAGCAAGCACCAAAGCCACCAAAAAUAACACUUGUGUGGUGUUUCUUUCUUAAAACUUGAUCUCUCAGCUUUGUGACAUCUAAGGGAGAUAGAGAGGGAGGUUUAACAAUGGCAGCCUCACUACAAGCAGCAGCUACACUCAUGCAACCCACCAAGCUGGGGGUGCCAUCAAGAAGCAGCGUCCAACUGAUCAGGUCCUCUCAGAGCUUGUCUAAGGAUUUUGGUGUGGAAUCAUCUGGGGGUAGGUUUACUUGCUCUCUCCAAACUGACUUCAAGGAAUUGGCUCUCAAGUGUGUUGAUGCUACCAAGAUUGCUGGAUUCGCUCUUGCCACCUCUGCUCUCGUCGCCUCGGGAGCAAAUGCUGAAGGGGUGCCAAAGAGGCUAACUUAUGAUGAAAUCCAGAGCAAGACAUACAUGGAAGUUAAGGGAACUGGAACUGCCAACCAGUGCCCGACAAUUGAAAGUGGAGUUGACUCAUUCGCCUUUAAGCCAGGCAAAUACGAGGCCAAGAAGCUCUGCCUAGAACCCACAUCAUUCACUGUAAAGGCCGAGGGAGUGAACAAGAAUUCCCCACCAGACUUCCAAAAGACCAAGCUCAUGACCCGCCUAACCUACACCCUUGAUGAAAUCGAGGGUCCUUUCGAGGUUUCUUCCGAUGGAACUAUCAAGUUUGAGGAGAAAGAUGGCAUUGACUAUGCUGCUGUGACUGUACAGCUACCCGGUGGUGAGCGUGUCCCGUUCCUCUUCACAGUCAAGCAGUUGGUGGCAUCUGGCAAGCCAGAUAGCUUUGGAGGAGAGUUUCUUGUGCCAUCCUACCGUGGUUCUUCCUUCUUGGACCCAAAGGGACGUGGUGGUUCGACCGGAUAUGACAAUGCAGUAGCAUUGCCUGCUGGAGGCAGAGGAGAUGAGGAGGAGCUAAGCAAGGAAAACAUCAAGAACACUUCUUCUUCAACAGGGAAAAUCACUCUUAGUGUGACUAAGAGCAAGCCUGAGACUGGAGAGGUGAUUGGAGUGUUUGAGAGCCUGCAGCCAUCAGACACUGAUUUGGGGGCCAAGGUUCCAAAGGAUGUAAAGAUCCAGGGUAUCUGGUAUGCCCAGCUUGACAAGCAGUAAGAGUGUCUUCUGAUUAAUGUCCAGUAAGCUUGUUAUCUUCUGUUUAUAUUAUUAUGGCUUCUUACAAUAAUGUUUUCAACCUCUUAAAAAGUUUCGUUUGUUGGUUGUGGCU